UUGGUAGUGAGUCCGCCUCCAAAGUUCGAGUCUCCUUCCUGUAUCGGGAUAGUUUUUGCUAUAAAAGCCCAAGUUAUUUUCAUACAGAGGAACAAACAGAGAAAUGGGUUCCUCAAGAUUGCUAAUUUUCUUCAUUCUUCCUAUACUCUUGGUCUUGGCUCCUCUUGCUCCUACCAUAGUGGGCCACCAUACCACCGGCUUUUGCACGGACACAGCAGACUACUGCUGGAGCUGCGUCAACAAUGGCAGCAUGCAGACUAAUAACAACGCCUCCAACGGUGGCAGCAGCAUCUACAGACAAAACCUCAACACCCUCCUCUCCUCUUUCCCUUCCGACCCCCAAAUCAAUCCCAGAUUUUACAGUUCUUCUCUGGGAGAAGCCCCGGACAAAGUGAACGCAAUUGCCGUAUGCAGAGGGGACGUUGCACUCGAAGAUUGCCGCACCUGUUUCAAAAACUCUGUUACCCUUCUCCUGCAGAAAUGUGCUGAUCAGAAGAUAGCAAUCAUAUGGGCAGAGCGCUGUACGGUUCGAUACUCGAACAUCUCGAUUUUCGGUGUGCUUAAAGAUGAGCCUGUUAAGUUUGUGCCGAGCCCAAAUAACAUAUCAAACGCUGAAGAGUACAAGCAGGUGCGCGACCCCUUAUUUGAAAAUUUAAGCGAGAAAGCUGCAGCAGGGGACUCUGUUUUAAAAUUUGCAGCAGGGAAUGCGUCGGUGCCUGUAACAAAUGAAAUUAUAUAUGCAACUGUCCAGUGCAGCCCUGAUUUGGACAAACAAAACUGCAGCGAUUGCCUUAAAAACUCCAUGCCAGAUAUUACAGAGUGUUGUGGUCCUGUGGGUGGAGGAAGAGUUCUUAAACCCAGCUGUUAUUUGAGGUUUGAGUCCAAUCCUUUCUUAGAGUCUGGAGCACCCUAAUAAACCUUCCAGGCGAACAAGGAAAUAACGUACCCCUCGGAAAGUGUGUCGAGCCGCGACAACGUUCCGACUCUGGUGCCUGCACCACCUCCUUCCUGUUACUUGGUUACUACUCUUGUGCCUUUGGACUGCUCUGAGAGUUACUGAAUUUUGGGUUAGAUCUGUGAUGUGGGUCUGUAUUAUCUGUAAUUUUUAUUGUUUCAAUUUGGUGUUACUACCACAUGUUAGGUGUGGAUUUUGUUUUACUGCUGGCUUUAUGCCUGUUUAAUUUUCUUUCGGACGGGAUCAUGAUCUUCAUGCUAUGCCUAUACCGGGGUUUUAGUUAGAUCUGGUCCUGUUUGGGUGCUGUUGCGUUAGUCCUUUGCGGGUGCUCCUACUUGGCCCUUUUGUUGUGUUCCUUGCCCUUUUGUGGGUUUUCAAUGAAU